AUGUCUACACAAAAACCUCUCCUAGUAGCCGUAGUAGGCGUCGGCCUCGUCGGCUCCGAAUUCAUCUCUCAACUCCUCUCAAUCCCAUCACCCUCCCCACUCAAACUCAUCUCCUUAACUUCCUCCACACGCACACUCACCCUCGACCCCAACUCAUCCUCAUCUUCCGCCCCCCAACUCAAAAAUGAAUGGAAGUCCCUCCUGUCUUCGUCUUCCCUCCCCGCAGACCUCCAAAGCCUCACUACACGGCUCACAACCCUCGUCUCCCAAGACAAAGAACGUGUGAUAUUGGUGGAUAAUACCUCCUCCGACUCCGUGGCAGCUUUAUACCCCACCUGGCUAGCACAAGGCAUCAACGUCGUCACCCCCAAUAAAAAGGCGUAUUCUGGGGACGUACAGCUCUGGAAAGAUAUCUUGGAAGCAAGUAGUAGUCAGGGUGGGGGGCGGUACUUGAAUGAAGCGACCGUUGGUGCUGGGCUGCCUGUUAUAUCGACGUUGAAGGAAUUACUUGGGACGGGGGAUAAGAUCAUCAAGAUCGAGGGCGUUUUUUCUGGGACGAUGAGUUAUAUUUUCAAUGAGUUUUCGACGGGACGUGAAGGUGGACCGGCGUUUUCUGCUGUUGUUGGUGUUGCGAGGGAGAAGGGGUAUACGGAACCACACCCAGCAGACGACCUAAACGGGUUCGACGUAGCACGUAAACUGACCAUCCUCUCGCGCAUCAUAUCCUCUUUCCCCACCUCCUCUCCCUCCACCUUGCCACCACUCCAAUCCUUCAAAUCCGUCAAAACAGCCUCACUCAUCCCCCCCGAAUUAGAAGGGAUACCCACAGGCGACGAGUUCCUCGCCCGUCUACCUGCGCAUGACGCGCAGUUCGCCAAGUUGAGGGAAGAAGCGAGUAAGGAGGGGAAGGUGCUUAGGUUUGUGGGCGUUGUGGAUGUGAAAGGGGGGGAGGUGAGAGCUGGGUUGGAGAAGUACCCUACUACCCACCCAUUCGCGACGUCUCUUGGCGGGUCCGAUAAUAUUAUCAUGUUCCAUACGGAGAGGUAUAGCCCUAGACCAUUGAUCAUCCAGGGUGCUGGUGCGGGUGCGGCGGUUACUGCUAUGGGAGUUUUGGGCGAUGUGUUGAAGUUGGUUUAA